GAGAAGAAAAUGGUUUCGUAAACAUUCAGAAAAUAUUUAUCGAUAUGCUGGUGGGUUGGAGACACUAACAGAAUACAAUCAAAUAUACAUACCAUAAUUCCCUUUAAACACAUCAGCAUAUACGACUCAAGCUCGAUAGCUUAUGUCGCGCUCCCCUAUCUAUUACUCCAGUCGCCUUGUUUGAUUGAAGGCUACAUAUUUUUUUAACAAUUUUUUUUGUGGCUCCUGAAAGGACUAAACGGGGUAAAACAGAGAAAGGACUGAAGGGAGAGAAAAUAACAACGUCGUUGGAAAGAAAGCGAAAGCGUAAAAGCACGGGGGGCGACCCAAGGUCAAGAAAAAUAUAUAUUGUUAAAGCAAGGGAGUCCAGGCAUCUGGUGAUUUCUAUAUUUUAGAGAACUUACGCACGGCAACAUCAUAUUUGUUUACAUAAGAGGACAGCAUAACCGAUAACCAUGACGACUGAAAUGCAGGAGAUCGCCAUGACUGAAGAGAAGCCUUUACUGCCAGGUCAACUGGACGCUGUGAAGGGAGCAGACAUUGCAGCCAGGAUACUGCUGGACCAAGGCCAGGAAUACAAUAUCGAGACCCCUCACGGUGUGCUCCAUGUGACAAUUCAUGGCACAGUAAACACGCGCAGACCCGCUAUAUUGACCAUCCAUGAUGUGGGAAUGGAGAGUAAGAGCUGUUUCUCCACUCUGUUUAAGUUUGAGGAGAUGCAGGAGAUUGUGAAGAACUUCACUGUGGUCCAUGUGGAUGCUCCAGGACAGGAGGAGGGGGCUGCGGCCUAUCCUGCAGGAUACCAGUAUGCUUCUAUGGAUCAGAUUUCUGAGAUGCUUCCUGCUGUCUUGCAGUAUUUUAAUUUCCGCACAGUUAUCGGGGUUGGUGUUGGAGCCGGAGCUUACAUCCUGUCUAAGUUCACUUUGACUCACGCUGACACUGUGGAAGGUCUUGUUCUGAUCAACGUUGACACAAAUUCACGAGGUUGGAUGGACUGGGCCGCCCAGAAGCUCUCCAGUCUGACAUCUUCCCUCCCAGAACAAAUCCUGAGUCAUCUCUUCAGUCAGGAAGAGAUGUCAGCAAACACAGAGCUCAUUCAGUCACAUAAAGAGAGAAUCGCUAAAGCACCCAAUCUCACCAAUGUUGAACUCUUCUGGAAAAGUUACCUUGGUCGCAAAGAUCUGGAUAUUGACAGGAACAACACUUUUAAAUGUCCUGUGAUGUUGGUGGUUGGUGAUCAAGCUCCCUAUGAGGAAGCUGCUGUGGAGUGCAACAGCAAACUAGAUCCAACUACAACCUCAUUCCUUAAGAUGGCUGAUGCUGGUGGUAUGCCACAGCUCACCCAGCCCAGCAAAGUGACAGAGGCUUUCAAGUACUUCAUCCAAGGCAUGGGAUACAUGGCAUCAUCCUGCAUGACUCGUCUCUCUCGUUCACGCACCACCUCUCUCUCUUCCUCAUACUCGAUGGAGGGGUCCCGUUCCCGAUCCCGCACUCUAUCCCAGGGUUCACUUGGUGGACAGCUUCCUCCAAGCCCAUCCCAUACCAUGGAGGUGUCCUGCUGAGGAGAGCCAGAGAGGGGGAGAGAGAUGAAUAUAUGGGUAGUUGAAAGUUUGAGUCAUUUGAUUGGUGGAAAGUGAGAGUCACUCUCUCCCUCCCGUCAUUAACUCGUCUGGCAGAUGAUAGGGCCCUUUAAGCUCUGUGACAUGUGCUGGGCCUUUAAUGAGACCCAAAUGUAGUAUUAACCAAUAAUAAUACUUCUAAUAUGAAUAUUGAUUAUGACAUUAAUAUCACAGUCAUCACUGAAAAAAAAACAAAAACAAUGUUUCUUUUAGUAACAUGUUGAAUUUCUAAACAAAAGAAUAGAGAAAAUAAUAUACAGUGUAAGCUCAUAAUGUGUGUAUCAACUUCUUUUUUGAUUUUGUUUUUUGGUGUGCUUUUUUUCCUUGUUGUUAUUUUUUUCUCUUAUACAAUCCUGCUGCUGUCAGAGAGGUACAGCAUUUUAGUCUGUACUAAUGUGGUGACCCGAGCGGGAAUCUGUGGCAACAGUUUUAGGCUUAAGUACUUGACUCUGUCAAUUAUAACCAGCUCAAGUCUUCCAUUUGCCCAUAUGAGAAAAGUUAUAUGUUAAAAGCAAGAGAGAAAAUGGCAAAAUAUUGUAAUACUAUUUUGCCUAGAUUUGUUUGGUUGGAUCUUUGCCUGUUCUGAAUUAUAUGUCAAACAGGUUGUUCCUUUAAAGUGAACAUAUGGUGAAUGGUGUUCACAACUAAUAUAACGUCCUUAAUGUUACUUAUUUCUGAGUGAAACAGGAUAUUCAACAAGGAAAAAAAUGUAGGGUGGGGCUCGAUUCUAUACAUCAGGAAUUGAUUGGAUUGUGAAAAAGUGGUUGUGUCAUACCAGAAUGGAGCCAGCAGGUUGGAAGGAGGGGUUGAAAAUUAAAAGGGAUUUAUAAGGUCAGCCAAAAAGGAAAGUCUGAGCAAGUUGUUGCAUUUUGAUGCAAGAUCAUGAAGAAUUUUUUUUUUUUCAUUGAAAUAGCAUGCAUUGAUGAAUUGCUCACAAUAAGACCAGGAACAUGUAUUAAAAUAGUAAAAUUUAAUGUCAUGUUGACUUUGCAAAAUUGAACAGGAUUGGUAAAGGGGUCAGUCAAGUGCUUCCAGAGGGGCUCAGCCAGUGGAUCACACUGUGUUAACCAUUAGUAUCAAAACCAAUGAGUGUGUUUACAUGUACAAGAAAGUGAUGAUAACUAACAAAAAUCAGCUUGUUGUAAAACUCAGUCAGACAUCCACACAUGGAUCAGGGUAAUGGGUAAACAUCUAGGUGUGUCUGGCUGCAGUUGCGCAAUGAAGCUCACUUUGUUAACCAUUAGUAUCAAAACCAAUGAGUGUGUUUACAUGUACAAGAAAGUGAUGAUAACUUUAAAAAUCAGCUUGUGGAGCCUGGGUAGCUCAGCGAGUACUGACGCUGACUACCACACCUGGAGUUGCAAGUUCAAAUCCAGGGCGUGCUGAGUGACUCCAGCCAGGUCUCCUAAGCAACCAAAUUGCUAGGGAGGGUAGAGUCACAUGGGGUAACAUCCUCGUGGUCGCGAUAAGGGGUUCUCGCUCUCAGUGGGGCGCGUGGUAAGUUGUGCGUGGAUCACGGAGGGUAGCAUGAGUCUCAACAUGCUGUGAGUCUCCACGGUGUCAUGUACAGCGAGCCACAUGAUAAGGUGCGCGGAUUGACCGUCUCAGAAGCGGAGGCAACUGAGACUUGUCCUCUGCCACCCGGAUUGAGGUGAGUAACCGCGUCACCACGAGGACCUACUAAGUAGUGGGAAUUGGGCAUUCCAAAUUGGGAGAAAAAAUGAGAAAAAAAUAAAAUAAAAUCAGCUUGUUGUAAAAAUCCAGUCUUGACUGGUCUACUGUUCUGCACUCAGAUAUCCACACAUUGAAUAGGUGAUAAAGGUGUUUACAUUCAAAGCGAAAUCAGGGUAAUGGGCAAACAUCUAGGUAUUUUGAUUUUGUUUUAGGCUUUUAAAAGUUUUCUAAAGAACACAGUUUAAGGCAUUUACAUAACCAUACACAUUGUCGACUUAAUCCUAUUUUGUGUUGUAUCGUGCAUGUAAACACACUCCUUUAUGAGUGGUCCAGUUAUGAAGCAAUCAAACCCAACUACUCCGAUCAAGUUUCAUGAAUAGAGUGCCAACAGGACAAAUAUUUUUUUCAGAACAUUAUGGUCAAAGCCUUUUGAUUUUGUCCAAUUCAAAGGAAAAUUAUAAGAAUAACUAGCUUUAUUCAUGCAAUAUUUACCUAUAACAAGGAAUUCUUCUACAGUGUAUCCUGUCAUGUAGUUUGUAUAAUGGAUAUAAUGAGGAGUAUUUGAUUGUAAAUGUUCAAGAUGGAUUCACAGUGAUGAGCAUUUGCCUUUUUAAAUGGCCACCAUGCUCUUUAAUGUAACUUGAGAGCAAUAGCUCUGGCUUGGAGUGUACAGAAUGCCAUAGUGACGUGUACACAGAGGAUCAAUAGGAUCUUCUUCGCAUGUGUCUAUUUGCAUGUCUACCCAUUUUAACAUGCCUGAAAGUGAGCCAGUGUGUAGUGCAUGCUUUAACGCUCUGUAGAACAAUUUAAGGGAUCAUGUCACUUGUUUCAAAGAAUGACAAUGACUCAACCCAGAGGAAGAAAUAUGCUUGUCUGAUCUUAUUUUGCUGACUAACCAGCCCCUUUACUGCCAAUAGGGUAUAGCCAUGUUGCACUUAUUAACCUAAUAUCCCAAGAAAGCUCUUCCAAUACACAAGGGUAACACUUUAAAAUAAUGUUAUGUUACAUUAUUUUAUGUUAUAAUAUGUUAAUAUUAGUUAAUGCAUUCAAUGAUAAACUAAACUAAAUAUGUUUAAAUCAUUUAUUCAUCUUGUUUAUGUUAAGGUAUAAAUAUACUAUUGAUCAUUGCUAGUUCAUAAAACAUUAACUAUUGUUAAUGAAAAUGUUAAAAUGUAGGCCUUUUAGUAAUGAGAUUAACCUAUUAGUAUAUAGAGACUAACAUUAAUCAACAUUAGUAAAUGCUGUAGAAAUAUUGUUCAUUGUUAAAUCAUGUUAACUAUUGCAUUAUGUUAAUCUAUACAACCUUAUUGUAAAGUGUUACCUCAGCAAGCCAGUGAGAUUAUCAAGUUAGCAUGCUCUUAUGUUCAAAGUCCCAAAUUUCCAUAGAAACAUUUAAAAUUUUCCUAAAAGCAAUUUUCCUUUAAGCUCUCAGUCCUAGAGAAGUAAUACCUUAAAAAUAAUGUUAUAAUUGAAAGAGCAUAGUAUAUACACAACCGGUCAAAAGUUUUGAAACACUUGACUGAAAUGUUUCUCAUGAUCUUAAAAAUCUUUUGAUCUGAAGGCGUAUGCUUAAAAGUUUGAAAUUAGUUUUGUAGACAAAAAUAUAAUUGUGCCACCAUAUUAAUUUAUUUCAUUAUAAAACUAAAAUGUAUUUAAAAAAGAAAAAGUUUUUGAAAUUGAUGACUUGGACCAAAUAAUAAAGAAAAGCAGCCAAUAAGUGCCCAACAUAUAUGGGAACUCCAAUACUGUUUAAAAAGCAUCCCAGGGUGAUACCUCAAGAAGUUGGUUGAGAAAAUGUCAAGAGUACAUGUCUGCAAAUACUAGGCAAAGGGUGACUACUUUGAAGAUGCUAAAAUAUAACACAGUUUUGAUUUAUUUUGGAUUUUGUUUAGUCACAACAUAAUUCCCAUAGUUCCAUUUAUGUUAUUCAAUAGUUUUGAUGACUUUACUAUUAUUCUAAAAUGUGGAAAAAAAAAGAAAAAUUAUAAUAAAGAAUAAGUGUUUCAAAACUUUUGACCAGUAGUGUGUGUGUGUGUGUGUGUGUAUAUAUAUAUAUAUAUAUAUAUAUAUAUUUUUUUUUUCCAUCACAGCUGACACUUGCCAAUAACAACAUAGACCAAAAUUCUCACAAACCCAGAUGCAUCAUAACAAUCACAUUCAGCAAAAUACUGCACUGAAAAAUAAAAUAAAAUCAGUCAGAUAGGUUUAAAUUUACUGGAAAUUUCUUCCAAUAGUUAUGUGCAAAUGUGAUGUUUGUACAUUUGUUGCAAGUAUAGGAACCGCAGCACUGUGUCCAUGGAAAUAAUCACAUAUUUCAAUUGUUUUGAUUCUGUUUUAGAGACAUUUUCUCAUUUAGGAUUGGUAGAUUGUUUCGUUCUAACUACAUGUUUAUGUUGGGAAUAUUAAUAAUUGUGCUUAAGGUAAAUAUUAAAAAGUCCACCCAGAUAUAUUUGAGCCUCUACCAAGAAAUGGAAGAAGAUGGAUUCUGAAAUGUUUUACCUACUGAAUAGAUGAAUAACGAUUAAAAUUGUGAGUAUAAUGAUAGUUAGAAACAAAUGGGGAUAUAGAGAUAGAUUUACUUGUCGUGUGGAGUAAAUGUAAAUGCUUGUCCAUUUUGUUUCUUUUGUUUUUGACUCCUCUCAUUGAUUCAACCCUUUCAUCUUUGUCUUUUAUUUUUCUGUGAAGUAGGCUACUAGAUUUCUGUCUCAGUGUUUCUCAUGGAUUAGACAUCAGUGAUCUAGUUCUUGUGUAACUUUUAGCAUUAGCACUAAAAAGGAAAUAAUAUAAUUAACAAAAAAUGUCAAGAAUAACAGAAUGCAUUCGAAAUUAAUUAAAAAACUUCUCUGUGUAAUACUAUGAACAACUGGGGGAAAAGGUAAUAAAAGGGAUAAAAUUA